GAAAAUUCCAGGAACCUGAGGGAAAGAGGAAGUUCUGCUGGAAACGUCCUGUAAAGAGGCUCUGAUGUCCGGACAGCGGGAGGGAGAGCCCCGGCAUGAGGAGCAGGUGACUGUACCAGGAACUUGGAGAGACAUCUGAUAUCUUCAGAUUAUAAUCCAGGUGUCACAUCAGAUACAUACAAAGACCUUGACAUUAUCCCAGAUGUACCCUCAGGGCUUCACAGCAAAAUGUCAUCUGAUUCAUCACAGACUAGAAUGCAGAAGCAAAGUCACCGAAGGAGUGGGGGAGUCCAAAGAGCUCUAAAAGGGAAGACACUGUUUUCCUGUUCUAAAAGUGGCAAAUGUUUUACAAAAAAAUCAAAUCCGGAAAAAUAUCAGAUUAUUCACACAGGGGAGAAGCCAUAUUCAUGUUCAGAAUGUGGUAAAUGUUUUGCUCAGAAAUCAAAUCUUGAGAGACAUCAGAGGAUUCACACAGGGGAGAAACCAUAUUCAUGUUCGGAAUGUGAGAAAUGUUUUAAUCAGGAGCAUCAUCUUGUUGAGCACUUAAAAACUCACACAGGGGAGAAGCCAUUUUCAUGCCAAGAAUGUGGGAAAUGUUUUACCCAGAAAGCACAUGUUGUUGAACAUCUGAAAUCUCACACAGGGGAGAAACCAUUUUCAUGUCCAGAAUGUGGGAAAUGUUUUGCUCAUAAAACAGCUCUUUUUCAACAUCAGAGAAUUCACACAGAAGAAAAGCCAUAUUCAUGUUCAGAAUGUGGGAAAUGUUUUGCUCAGAAAUCAAUUCUUAUUCAACAUGAAAAACAACACACAGGGGAGAAGCCUUAUUCAUGUGCAGAAUGUGGAAAAUGUUUUGCUGUGAAAUCAGUUCUUCUUCAACAUGAGAAGCAUCACACAGGGGAGAAGCCAUUUGUAUGUUCAGAAUGUGGAAAAUGUUUUACUAGAAAAUUAGGUCUCCUUCUACAUGAAAGAAUUCACACAGGAGAGAAGCCGUAUUCAUGUUCAGAAUGUGGGAAAUGUUUUACUCAGAAAUCAAAUCUUCAGAGUCAUCAGAAAGUUCACACAAAGGAGAAGCCGUAUUCAUGUUCAGAAUGUGAGAAAUGUUUUACUCAGAAAUUACACCUUCAGAGACAUCAGAUAAUUCACACAGGAGAGAAGCCGUAUUCAUGUUCAGAAUGUGGAAAGUCUUUUACUCAGAAAUUACAUCUUCAGAGCCACCAGAGAAUUCACACAGGGGAGAAGCCGUAUUCAUGUUCAGAAUGUGGGAAAUGUUUUACUCAGAAAUCAAGUCUUGAGCGCCAUCAGAUGAUUCACACAGAGUAGAAGCGAUAUUCAUGUUCAGAAUGUAAGGAUGUUUUAAUUAGGAAUAUAAUUUUGAAAUCCAUAAAAAAAUUCACACAGGGGAGAAACCAUAUUUAUGUUCAGAAUGUGGAAAAUAUUUUGCUAAAAAAAUUAAUAAUAAUCAGGUCUUCAUCAACAUCAAAGACUUCACACACGGGUGAAGCAAUUUUAACUUCUUCCCCAUAUCUGCCAUACAUGUACAGCAGAGAAGUUGCCAAAUAUUUAAAAGGGUUUUCUGAUUACACAAAAAAUAUAUUAAAAACGCCAUUAUUGAACCUUACUGUAUUAUAUAAGCCAGAUGAUGAAGUUCUGAGUGCCUUUUGACUCCUCCAGUAUAAUUGCGAUCUGUGACCCGCACCCUGUGUUUACACCCCAGCAUAAUACUCACUGGGAGUGUCUGUAGCAUCAGGUCUCCCUCUCCUUCCCCUCCCGACUGGAACAUUACAGAUCUAAGCAGGGUUAGCAGCCUCAUUAAUAUUCACUUCAGUGCAGUGAAUAAUAAUUAAGCUGUGUCUGAUAUGGGUUGGGGUGGGGCCUUCUUCCAGAACAUAUAGGUACAUCUCAAUAAAUUAGAUUAUAAUCUUAAAGUUAGUUUAAGUAAUUAAUUUCAAAAAGUGAAGCUCAUAUGUUCAUAGAUUCAUUACACACAGUGAUCUACACUCACCUAGAGAAUUAUUAGGAACACCAUACUAAU